CCCGCGGCCAGACUUCACGGGAGCCGGAGCCGCAGGGAGGUGGACCCUGACAGCUGCCGGUGGAGCGCAGGGCGGGGACCGAGUGUGUGCCCCGCCCCAUCCGCCCUCCCUCUGUGGUGGCCGUCUGGGGGCGACACGUCCUAAGAGCAGAGCACCAGACGGAAGCACGGCUGGGACUGACACGUGGCCUUGGGCGGCGCUGCCCCGUGUGGGUUGGAGAGGCGGGCGCCCGACCUGGACGCGCUGUGCCCGCGGACGGCUGCCCCCGAUGCAGCCGCUGCCACCGGAGGAGGCCCGCAGGGACGGGGCUGAGGACGCCCAGUGGUCCAGGCCCGAGUGCCAGGCAUGGACGGGGACGCUGCUGCUGGGCACGGGCCUGCUGUACUGCGCCCGGGUCAGCGUGCCCGUGUGCGCCGUCUCCAUGAGCCAGGACUUCGGCUGGAACAAGAAGGAAGCCGGCGUCGUGCUCAGCAGCUUCUUCUGGGGCUACUGCCUGACUCAGGUGGUGGGCGGCCACCUGGGGGACCGGAUCGGGGGUGAGAAGGUCAUCCUGCUGUCCGCCUCCGCCUGGGGCUUCAUCACUGCCGCCACCCCGCUGCUCGCCCGCCUCAGCAGUGCUCACCUGGUCCUCAUGACCUUCUCGCGCAUCCUCACGGGCUUGCUCCAAGGGGUCUACUUCCCGGCGCUGACCAGCCUGCUGUCACAGAAGGUACGAGAGAGCGAACGUGCCUUCACCUACAGUGCCGUGGGGGCCGGCUCCCAAUUUGGGACGCUGGUGACGGGGGCCGUGGGCUCCCUGCUCCUGGACCGGUACGGCUGGCCUAGCGUCUUCUACCUCUCCGGCGGGCUCACCCUGCUGUGGGUGUGUUAUGUGCACAGGUACCUGCUGAGUGAAAAAGAUCUCAUCCUGGCCUUGGGCGUUCUGGUGCGAGGCCUGCGGGUGUCCAGGCGCACCAAAGUUCCCUGGAGACAGCUUUUCCGGAAGCCCUCUGUCUGGGCAGCCAUCUCCGCUCAGCUGUCGUCCGCGUGCGCUCUCUUCAUCCUCCUCUCCUGGCUGCCGACCUUCUUCAAGGAGACGUUCCCUAGCUCCAAGGGCUGGGUCUUCAACGUGGUGCCCUGGCUGGUGGCCAUCCCCGCCGGUCUGUUCAGCGGGUUCCUCUCCGACCAUCUCAUCAAUCAGGGUUACAGAACCAUCACUGUUCGGAAGUUCAUGCAGGUGAUGGGCCUUGGCCUGUCCAGCGUUUUUGCCCUGUGUUUGGGGCACACCUCGAGCUUCUGCAAAUCUGUGGUGUUUGCAUCAGCUUCCAUCGGCCUGCAGACCUUCAACCACAGUGGCAUUUCCGUCAACAUCCAGGACCUGGCUCCAUCCUGUGCCGGCUUUCUGUUCGGUGAGAGCCACUGGCCCCCGGCUGCCCCGCCCGCCUCUGGUGCAGGUGUCGUGGGCGUGUGCUUGGGAGGCUACCUCAUCGAGACCACGGGCUCCUGGACGUCCAUGUUCAGCCUGGUGGCUGCCAUCAGCAGCCUGGGGCUGUGCAUCUUUCUGCUGUUUGGAGAGGCCCAGCGCGUGGACCUGAGCCCUACCCAUGAGGACCUCUAG